AUGAGUUGGGACCAAGACCGAGAUCGUCAACCUCAAACCGACAUGGUGGAAAUUAAUGAAGCAGUUGGGAAAUUGUUAGAAAGUUUUAAUUAUGAUAGUAUUGUCCCGCAACCGACCAAAGGCGGUGGUUGCAUGCGAGGAACUCAUGUUAAGCGGCCUAUGAAUGCAUUCAUGGUGUUCGCACAGGCCAUGCGCAAGCGCCUCUCCGAGCAGCGUCCUGCGCUACACAACGCGGAGCUUAGUAAAUCUUUAGGAUUAAUGUGGAAGAGUUUACGCGAAGAUGAAAAAUCGCCAUUCAUCAGGGAAGCAGAAAAUUUGAGAUCGCAACAUAAGAAAAAAUAUCCAAAUUACAAAUACCAGCCUCGGCGACGUAAGGUGCCUCCAGCGUCGGCCGUCAGACCGAAGCGGGAACCAUCCCCGGAAAGGGAUCAAAUCGACUUCGCAGGUAUACCGGACAUUUCGCCUGCGUUGCUGUCGGAUGGACCACCAGAUAAUGCCGAAUUGGAGCAAUAUUUAAAACCAGUACCCGACUAUCAUGAGUUGCAGCCUCGAUAUCCGACUCAUAGUUUAGCACAUCAUCCGGCUACUUCUUUGUACCCCCCAAUGCCACCACAUUUUCCCAGCCCCUGUCUAGACUGGCAACACUACGAAUCUUAA